CGCUAGUAGCUAAGCACGUUUCGUCUGUUUACCAGUAAAAUGUUACCAGAAGGCAGAUGCUACUGACACUAGUGUGACUAGUGUUAGAUGCAACGUUAGUGACUUUUAGGUUAUGUAUUUGUUGGUUAUAUCAGUAACAUCGUUAUAGUAGUAACAUGUUAUAACAUCUUUAUAGAUUCCCUAAUUUGAUUGACGUAAUGGCAUCACAACAAUGCAAGUUAUGUUCUCUAAUUAUAAGGGAGCAUUUUGGAGAAGUAGUAGAGAAAGUAAGUAAUGCACUACAUUGGGGUCCUCAAACUUUGGGAUUAAUUGUAUCUUCAUCAAAAUUACCUGCUUCAAAGGUAAAGCAAGCAUUAUCAGUCUUGAUAAAAUAUGGUUUUGUGACUUUUGAAAGAGGUAAAAUACCUACAAUCGCAGAAUAUAAAUUUGUUCCUACAAAAGUCACACUUAUGUUAAGAUUUCCAAGGUAUAUACUCCAAAUCAAGAACAGAGUGGAUGAGGAAUCAAGUCUGUUGCUGGAGGAGCUCUUAAGGUUUGGUUUUGACACAGCAACAAACAUCAUCCUAAGGGUGGCCACUAGAAUUAAGGAAGAGAAGAUGUCACUGAACGGAGACCUUCCAUACCUGCGAGACAAGAUUCAAGUGCUAGUGCAGAUGCAGUAUAUUAUGCGCUGCCCCCACCCUGUGGAUGAGGAAGGAGAUGUGGUGCCUAUGCUGGGAGUCGCAGAGCCAGAGCUGUUCUUGCCACCACAGCUCAAUAUGAACGGCUCUCAUUGUUACUACAAGGCUUGGAGGAAGAGGACCCUGGUGACAAGGGCAUCUAUUGGCGCAUUCAACUUCGACCGCUUUCAUCAGGAUGCUAGGGAUGAUCUGAUGAUCUCAGCCAUUGAGCGGAGGUUUGACUCCAAUGCUGCUCAACUGACUGGGGAGCUGCUGCGCCUCAUGUAUCUGCGCACAGACGCCUGGGCUCCGCAGUCCAACGCUGUUCCUUUAGUAGAGCUGCGAGAUGCCCUGACCAAGCUCUCCGGCAAUGCUUACCUUGCCCAAUAUUUUGACCAAUACCUGAAGAUCAUCGAGGAGUCAACUGGGUUUGUAACCAGGCUUGAGAGCAGUAGUGGGAUGAUAGAGGUGAACAUGACCAAAGCUAUUCACAUCCUGACUUGUAAUGCCAUAGACAACAUUGUCGACCAGAGAUUUGGAGCUAAAGCAGCUCGCAUCUUUAGGCUGGUGAGAGCAAAGAAGUACAUGGAGCAGGACCAGAUUCAACAGUUAGCCAUGAUUCCAGACAAGGAGGCCAAACAUCUGACCUAUAAGUUGCUGCAGGAGAACUUCCUACAGAUGCAGGAGCUGAGAAAGCCCACAGUCAGCUCGGGUCCCAAUAAGACCUACUUUCUAUUCCAUGUUGACCUUAAUCAGGUGGCCAGGAUGGUUCUUGACACCUGCUAUAAGGCUCUGGCCAACAGCCUGACUAGACGAAACUUUGAGAAAAAUGAAAACAGCAGAUUGAUCGAAAAGAAGGAGCGUAUUGAGGGUAUUGCAGAGUCUAUGCGGGAGCAGGGCACUGACGAACAGCAGAUUCAGGAGUUGGUGGAUGAUUGGCUGACCCCUCCUGAACGCUCUCUGCUAGAGUCUGUGGAAGCCAUGAUCAAAAAGAUGAACUUAGCAGAAUUGCAGGUGGAUGAUACUGUCUUCCUGCUGCAGCUGUUUACUUACUACCAGAGCACGAACAUUCGUGUUAAAUCAAAAUAAUCUGUGAUACAAUUGUUUGUGAUACAAAUAUAUUUUUAAUGUUUUUAUUGUCA